UGCGCAUGCGCACAUGGUUGACGUGCGCUGAUCACCGAAGAAAAGGCUCGGCCGGCGCCAUGCGCGUCCAUCACACUCACAGCUUCACAAGUGUCAAAACAUAGAUGACUCGGGAACGUGGGAGCGCUCCCGUUGCCCUCCGUCAACUGGAAUGAAAACGGCGGCGGGGGCCCCGGCGCAGCGACGCAGUUUCUCCAGCGGAUACUUGUAGCGAAGUUGAAGGCUGAUACUGUAAAACAUGGAGGGAAACUCAAGGGAAAGCGACAGUCUGGAGCGAGAACGUCAGUACUGCGAGCUGUGCGGGAAAAUGGAGAACCUUAUGAAGUGCGGACGGUGUCGCAGCUCCUUCUACUGCAGCAAGGAGCACCAGAGACAGGACUGGAAGAAGCACAAGCGGGUGUGCAAGGAGGCCGACAAGCAGGAGCAGCAGCCGCCGCCGCCGCCGGUUGAAGAGCGCAGCACUUCAGAGCCGUCCGAGACUUCUCAGAGUAACUCCACCGCGACGUCACCCGGCGAAAGAAUGCCAGAUUUUAUCAAGUCCGCCACGCGCUCUGAAACCAAAGCGAGCGCGGACAGUUUGAAGCCCAACGGACAGACGCGCUCGCCCCCUCAGAAACUGGCCACGGACUACAUCGUGCCCUGCAUGAACAAGCACGGCAUCUGCGUGAUCGACAACUUCUUGGGCGACGAGUUCGGGCGCAGCAUACUGGAGGACGCGCGGGCGCUUUAUCUGACCGGCGGCUUUACCGACGGACAGCUGGUCAGUCAGAGGAGCGACUCGUCUAAGGACAUUCGGGGGGAUAAGAUCACCUGGGUGGAGGGGAAGGAGCCCGGCUGCGAGAGGAUAGCGUUUCUCAUGAGCCGCAUGGAUGAUCUGAUCCGACACUGUAACGGGAAACUGGGCAACUAUAGGAUCAAUGGCAGAACGAAAGCAAUGGUGGCUUGUUACCCUGGAAAUGGCACAGGAUACGUAAGGCAUGUGGAUAACCCAAACGGUGAUGGGAGAUGUGUCACGUGCAUAUAUUACCUGAAUAAAGACUGGGAUGCCAAGGAACACGGCGGCCUUUUGCGGAUCUUUCCAGAGGGAACUGCUCAGUUUGCAGACAUUGAGCCUAAGUUUGACAGACUUUUGCUCUUCUGGUCAGACAGAAGGAACCCACAUGAAGUCCAGCCUGCUUAUGCUACAAGGUAUGCUAUAACGGUGUGGUAUUUUGACGCUGAUGAGCGAGCUCGCGCUAAAGAGAAAUAUCUAACAGGUGCAGGUGAAAGAGGUGUAAAAGUGGAACUAAACAAGCCGUCUGAGCCCAGCUAGUGAACAAGGCAUGAAUAAAGAGGAGUGUGCAGGGAUUGACCUCCAGAGUGCUUCUGCCUGCUGCUGAGAGAUGAUGAGCAGAGAGGAAGGGACCUCUCCAUCUGUCAUCUAUAAGGGGCUUCUCAUAGGGACUCUGAAUGUGAUAGAGCUGUGAAGACAGACGUGCAUUAACAUGCUUUGUGUUUCCUUUAUGAAGAAUGCUGGCUUACAUGAGCGUAGGAUGGAAAUAAUGCUAAACGGAAGAGUGUGCGCGCGCACUUGUUCAAUACAAGUUUAUUAUGAGCUGUAACCCCUAAAAUUCUCUUCUGUCAGCUUUGCACAUGUUAAUAAAGGUACAGUUUUGUUUGA